GAGGGAAGGGCUGAAUGUGAGCUGAAGAAAAAGGAAACCUUAGGUUAGAAGAAGUUGCCUCUAGCCUGCUUUUUGCUUCUAUGUCACUGCGUGACGGCCUCCUUCCUUCUGCUAUCUGGUCCAGGCUGAGUGGACCAUGGCACCUGCUGCCCAGCCCUCCCUUCUUCACAUCCUGGCUGUUCCAGGGCCUGGGCCACACCUGACAUGAGCUUCUUGCUGUCCUGGGGGCCUGGGCCCUGCCCCUCUCUUUCCUCGUCUGCCCUGGGCACUAGCAGCUCCUGUUGCUUUGCUUUUUCCCCUGCCACUGCCCAGUUAAGCUUGGCAAUGCCGAGUGCUGGAAGUUUCCACCUUGCCAUGACACCUGGCUGCCUGUGACCAGAGUCUGCUCCCUGCCCGGCUGUAGCCUCUUCUGUGAUUAGUUUCAGUGUCCCAUAUGAGGACUCCUUGUAGUCCCUCACCCCUGUUCCUUGCACCCACUACAUCAAGGAUCCAGUGGGCUGGGCCCAUGUUUCCUCUUUCCUCUUCCCCAAGGUGCCUGGUACCAGCCAGGGGAAUUCUUGCCAGUGACCUGACUGGUUAUCCAGGAAGCUGCUCUCUGGACUUUUCAGGGUGACCCAGUAUCUUCCUGAGCAGUGUGCCUGUCACAGCCACCUCCCUCCCUUCUAGCACAGGAACAGGCACAACUGAUGGAGUCCCUGCUGCCCUCAGCCCAGUGUCAGACCUAAGGGGGGUUGGGGAAGGGCCUCCCUCUAAGCACUUGUCACAAGCCUCAUUUGCACCCCCUCUACCCUGCUCCCUGCAGCUAUACCUUCACUUCCCCAAGUCUGUGGGUGCUGCAAAUGGGAGGCUCCCAGGAACUGGGCACCAGGCCUCUUCCUUAUUAAGCUGCCUCCUCCUGGAGCCUCUGGUACAAUUGCCUGCCUGGGGAAUCCCCCAGAUGGCUGCAGUGGGAGGUGGGAGGACAGGCAAGCCCAUGGUUACCAUAGCCCAGGUGAGCCAACAACUUUACAGGCCAACUGCUGGCAUAUCUUGCUCCAGAAUGAGGUUCUCAGAUGAUGCCACCUGCUUCCUGGGCCAGGGAUGGCCUUGCUUUCCUCCUUUCUUAAGUGUAUCCUUCACCCUUGGCUGAACCUGGUGGGUUGGGAAGGCCAUGGAGCCCAGGGUCCUAGGGGCUGGGCUUCACUCCUGCUCUUGUGGUCUUGAGGCUAUGGGUGCUGCUGGGGCAGCCCCCUACCCCCGCCUAUCACAUUGCUUCUCCUUCAGAGGGGACGGAUCAGCUCAGCAGAAGCCCACGUGGCUCAAAGGGCCAGGCCUCAUGCUUCCCUGCCUCUUAACCUGGAAGCCUCUACUAAAGACUCCUUAGAUAUUGUGGUUCAUUGUGCUUAUGAGGCAGAUACCAUUUCUUCCUGGCCACAGGAUGGGUAAGCUGCCCUCAGUCACUGGGAUGCUACUGAGGCCCCCAUCCUUAGAGCUCAUCCUUCCCCUUCAUGGCUGAGUAUGGGGGCAUGCAGGUGCUUCUUUCCCUCUCCAAGGUCACUUUAUUCUCAUGAGAGGCAGCCUGGUCCCCUAUUACAGAAGGGUAACUGCAUCCUGGAGAAGGGGCCUCAUGCCUUUGUGAGAGGUGCCCCAGUAUGGUGCUGGGCUUUGAACCCAGGUUGGCCAGGCCCAGCUGCUGCGGCCUGACCAGCUCAGACUUGGAGACAGGGCUGAGUGGGAGGCUUGCGCUUCCUCCUUGUGCCUGUGACGACACGUCCUCAGCCCAUGGUUGAGAUUCUGCUUUGGGAGCCUGCUGUACAAUCUGUAAACAUGGGGCAUGUAUCCCGAUGGCUGUGAGCAAGUAAGAAGGUGGUGAGCCGGCCACACAGGUCCUGCAGCCUCAGGCCUCCUUGUUGCCCAACAGGCGGCUGAGGGCGGGCCAUGGCUGCUGAUUAAAGGCCACUGAUUAAAGGCCGCCUGGAGCAGCCUGUGUGGAGGAGACAGGUGCCCGGCAGCCCAGGAAGCCAGCCACAGCGUCCACCCCAGGUGUCACUGCCCCUGUGCGAACGUCACCAUGUCUGAGGUCCCCCGGGCUGAGACUUUUGUCUUCCUGGACCUGGAAGCCACUGGGCUCCCCAGUGUGGACCCUGAGAUUGCCGAGAUCUCCCUGUUUGCUGUCCAUCGCUCCUCUCUGGAGAACCUGGAGUGUGAUGAGGCUGGCACUCCUGUGCUGCCUCGGGUCCUGGACAAGCUCACACUGUGCAUGUGCCCGGAGCGCCCCUUCACCUCUAAGGCCAGUGAGAUCACUGGUCUGAGCAGCGAGGGCCUGGCACAGUGCCGGAAGGCCAGCUUCGACAAGGCUGUGGUGAGGACACUACAGGCCUUCCUGAGCCGCCAGGAGGGCCCCAUCUGCCUUGUGGCCCACAAUGGCUUUGAUUACGACUUUCCCCUGCUGUGCACAGAGCUGCAGCGCCUAGGUGCCCACCUGCCUCAGGAUACUACCUGCCUGGAUACGCUGCCAGCACUGCGGGGCCUGGACCGUGCCCACAGCCAUGGCACCCGGGCCCAGGGCAGCAAGGGUUACAGCCUGGGCAGCCUCUUUCGCCGCUACUUCCAGGCAGAGCCUACUGCAGCCCACUCGGCUGAGGGAGAUGUGCACACCCUGCUUAUGGUCUUUCUGCAUCGUGCUGCUGAGCUGCUUGCCUGGGCUGACGAGCAGGCCUGUAGCUGGGCUCACAUCAAGCCCAUGUAUACACCGCAUAAUGGCCCAAGCCUCGAGGUCUGAGCUCCAGGGGCUUGGUGACAUCACCACCCAGGGGAACAAGGCCCACUUCCUGCACCACAAGCAGCACCAGCACUGACCGUUCAGCAGGACUUUGAGGCCUGGAGCAGGCACCAGACCAGUACCUCGCUGCCUCACCCCAUCCUCUUAGCCAGGCAUCCUCUUAGCCAGGCAUCCUCUUAGCCGGGCACUUGCCAGGCCUUCCCUAGACCCCCAGCCUCGCCCCUGCCCACUGGAGUUCGCCACUUCGGGCUUCCACUCUUCACCCCGUCUCACAAUAAAUAUCGCCAACUGUUCACCAGCUGA